GCGGAUGAGUGAAAAAAAAUUACCAGCUUAAAGGGUUCAAAAGCAACAUGGCAGCCUCCAUGGGAAUGUGCUUAAAUGCCCGUGAUGCGGCCGAUUGUACCAAAAAUGAGGGAAUCUGCGUCAGAUUUAUCGAUAAUCUGAGGGGAAAAGGUGUGUUUGCAAACAGGGACUUUAAGUCCAACGACACACUGUUCACUGAGAAUCCUCUGGUCUGUGCCCAAUUCCUCUGGAACGAGUUUUACCGUUACACGGCCUGCGAGUUCUGCAUGCGGUCAAUGGAGACGGCUCAAGACAUGGCACGGAGGCUGAGUGCCAAUCCCUCCCUUGUACUGCCACAUCCUGAAUGCUGCACACUUCAGAGCGAGAAGCACACCGCAUGCCCCCAGUGUCAGGUUCCCUAUUGCAGUACAGAGUGUAGGGAUCAAGCUGUAGCUCAGUACCAUCAGGUCUUGUGCGUGGGCCAGUCACCCCCUGAUCCAGAACAUCCCUUGGUCGUCUUACAAGAAACCUGGAAAAACAUGCAUUAUCCUCCAGAGACAGCCAGCAUCACUAUCAUCAACAAAAUGAUUGCCACUGUGAAGCAGGCACAGAAGAAAGAGCAUGUGUUGUCUGCAUUCAACCAGUUUUGUCAGAAAGCUAACAACGAGGAACAAGAGUUAGCUCACAAGCUGCUUGGCAGUCAAUUUCAGGAACAAAUAGAUACACUUCAGGGUAUGUUAGCUGGAGCACUGUACGAAGACUGCAUAAGUCAGUGGUUUACACCAGAGGGCCUGCGGUCACUUAUUGCUCUCAUUGGUAUGAACGGCCAAGGGGUUGGAACAAGUUCCCUGAGUGUGUACGUCCAUAACUGCGAUGCCCUAGAUUUGCCGGGUGAUGAAAGGCAGGCACUGGAUUCUUUCAUAGACCAACUUUACGUUGAUAUCGAACGAGAAUCAGGCACAUUUCUCAACUGUGAAGGCUCAGCGUUAUACCAGUUACAAAGUUGCUGUAAUCAUAGUUGCCAACCAAAUGCAGAGAUUCAGUUUAAUGACAACAACUCAACAUUAACUGCUGUAGCCCUUCGAGAUAUCACAGAAGGGGAGGAAAUCUGUAUAUGCUACUUGGAUGAGUGCAGCCGCGAAAGAAGUCAUCAUUCCAGGCAGAAAAUACUCCGGGAGAACUACUUGUUCCAUUGUUCUUGUGUCAAGUGUCUGGAGCAGUGCGAUGAUGCUGACCAGACAUCUAGCGAUGAGGAGGAGGAGGAGGAAGAUGAAGAAACCCAAGAUGCAGUCACGGAAGAUGGAACUGUCAUGGAUACAUGAACAUUAUGUAUCAGUUUUUUUUUUUUUUUUGAAACGAAGUCAUCUUUAUGGGUAUAAUGUUGUGUAUAAAUCUAUUGGAUAUACGUCAAAUCCAGACACGUCUGGGCAGGGCACAACAUGAUGAUGACCCCAAAACAAUGUUAGGGCAGUUAUUUUUUUCAAUUUCCAGGGUUAUUUGGUGUUUGUUUCUUAUUCAGAUUAAUUAA